AUGGCGCAACGAGGGUUCAUCUUUGCCGUCCACCCAACGCACGGAAUCCUCCUGCUCAGAGCCUACAAGAAGAAGAAAGGCGUCCACCACCAACUACCAGGAGGCCGCGUCGACGCGGACGAGUUAGAGCUCGACGACGCGCACCGCCGCGCCGCCGUGCGCGAGCUCCGCGAGGAGACAGGUAUAGAUGUGCCAAUGACGAGGCUCAAGGUCGCGACUGAUCGCGAGGGCGAAAUAGUGAGACGAAAGAACCGCGAGUACUUUUUCCUGGAGCUACGGGACGCGGACGGCGCGGGCCCCGAUCGCGACCAUGACAACGCCGAAAAUCCGUUCACGCUCGCCCUGAGCGGCGAGCACACGGGCUUCACGUUCGAACGGGACCUCGCGAAUGCCGAGGAUAUGAUCCGCCUCCACAGCGGCGGCGAGAACGCGGUCGCGCUGAGGACGUUGAGAUAUGACCACGGCGACGCGCGGGAGCUGCUCGCGACGGCUCACGGGCAAUGAAUAAUAACCAAAA